AUGGCUACCAUCCCAGAUUCCUUCAUCCUACCUGACCUCAUGUUCGUUUUACCGUUCAAACAUUCCUUCAAUCCCCACUACGAGCGUGCGGCUAAGGCAUCCUCGGCCUGGGUCAACAGCUAUUGGGUUGUACCCGAGCGCAAGCGCGCCUUCUUCCAGCAAGGAGGUAACGAACUCCUCAGUGCUCAUGCCUUCCCCUACGCCGGCUAUGAAGAGCUGCGCAUCGCGAUGGACAUGAUCAAUAUCUUGUUUGUCAUUGACGAAGUCAGCGAUGAUCAAAACGGAAAGGAUGCGGACAAGACUGGACACGCCUUUCUGGACGCCCUUCGUGACCCUGAUUGGCAAGAUGGGUCAGCUCUCGCUCAGAUGACAAAGCAGCUCCGCGAGAAGCUGGUUCAAUCGGACGUACCUGCAUGUUACGGUCGAUUGCUCAGGCACUGUGAAGACUACGUGAACGCGGUAACUGCCGAGGCGGGACUUCGCGAGCAUAACAAAGUCCUUGAUCCAGAGGCGUAUAUCAACGCUCGCAGAGAGAACAGCGCCGUUCGAGUUUGUUUCGGAUUGUUCGGGUUCAUCUUCGGUCUUGAUCUCCCUGACGAGAUCUUCGAACACCCUGUUAUGAUACGCCUACACCUCGCUGCGGUCGACAUGGUGUGGCUAUCGAAUGUGACAAGCAAUGGGGCACACGGGAACAAUGUCGUCACUGUCGUGAUGGAAUCCCAGCACUGCGACCUCCAAACCGCAGCAGAUCAUGUCGGCCUGCGUUUCAAACAGCUCGUGGACAGCUUUGAAGCCGAUAAGCUUCGCCUGCCGUCCUGGGGCCCUCAGAGGGAUGCAAUCGUCGCGAAGUUUGUGAUGGCCAUGGAGAGCUGGGUGGUAGGCAACUGCGAAUGGAGCUUUGACACGCCGCGUUACUUCGGUGUUCAGAGGGAGGAAGUGAGGCGCACCCGUGUAGUUGAAUAUAUCCCAGGCGUGGAGAGUAUGAUUGUUAAGGUUUUCCCUCCGACCCAAGCGCCGUUCCGGCGUAGCGUGCUUGUUCGUGAUUCCAUGCUCGUUGUGUUAACAUCGCUAUUCGGAGCCACGUCUUCUACGUUUAUGCUCAUAGAGACCGUCAGAAUUGCGUGGUGCCUAGUAUCCUUCUGCCGCAACAGGUAA